UAAUUUUCUUGUGAUUUGACAUAUGCUCACCAAACUUGCUAUACUUACAUGUGUGUAUCUCUGUAAGGUAGAGUACAGCUUAAUAAAAUUGUGUCUGGCACCCAACGUUAUACAGAGUUAUGGCCCUUUGUUAACUUUUUUAAUUCCGAAGUUUGUAAUUGUCUGGAGCAUAUGAUGCUCUAUAAACUUGCUAUACUUGUGCAUCUUGAUGAAGGUAGAGUGUGAUAUACUGAAAUUUGGUUAACUUUUUAACUCCAAAGUUUGUCUUGACCAUGAGUAUAGCUUUCUUACGACUGUUCUAUGAAAUAAUUUGUUCAUCUUGUAACAUCACAUACUUUUUCUAUUUUAGAAAACAGGCAGAUAUUAAAGUGGUUAUACAUGAGAGUGUGAGCCAAAAGAAGGAGAGGGCAGCAGUCGAUGCAGUAUUUUUUGGGCGCCUAGUAAGAAUUCUCAAGGUCCUCAUUCCAGGAUGGUUGACAGCAGAGGCCUGGUAUAUGUUCCUGGUCGCUGCCGCACUGAUCGCCCGGACGUACGCCGACGUUUGGAUGAUACAGAAUGGCACAUCUAUAGAAAG